AUGUUUGGAGGAUUCGCCCCCCCGCAGCAGUCGCCCGAGGAGAUUCGCGCCAUGGAGGCCGAAGCGACCUUUACCGUCCAGCAGGUCGCUGCCACGGCCAUCAUGCUCUACCUCUACCAACGAAAACAUCAUGUAACACUACCUUACACCACAUUGCUUCUCGCUCCGGCACAUGAUCCAUUGGCGGAUGCCCGCGCCGGUAUUUCCGAUUGGCGAAAUGUUGAUACCUAG